AUGGAUCUACUGGUCUCUUUGCGUUUCAGAAUGGAUAAAUCCUGGAUGAGUACUGAUAGAACGAAGAAACGUUAUAGAGAAGGAGUUACGGCGUUUCUGCGGUAUGCUGUCAACCAUCUCAAGGAGGAGGGUGAGACAUAUGAUGAAUUUCUUAUGUUGUGUCCGUGUAAAAAUUGUUUAAAUCUCUGUGCAUGCUCCGUUGGAGACGUAGAAGAUCAUUUAUUCGUAAAUGGAAUCGAUCAAACGUAUACUAUUUGGAAUAAGCAUGGGGAAAAGGAUGAGGCAAUAACUAGUAGUAAGCCAGUUAACGUCAACAAUGGUAUGCACGCUGAAUUUGAAAUGGGAACUCCCACUGAUGCUCCAGACGAAGAUUUUGGAAUGGGAACUCCCACUGAUGCUCCAGACACUAUAGAUAUGAUGCAGGCUGCAGAAGAGUUCGCAGAUGACCCUAUAAAGUUUAAAAAGUUACUUGAAAAUGCUGAAAAGCCCUUAUACGAAGGAUGUCCCAACUUCACAAAGUUGUCUGCAAUUGUGCAGUUGUUUAAGUUGAAGAGUAAGCACGGUGCAUCAGACAUGUUUUUUAAUGAAUUGUUACCCUUGUUAAAGGACAUGCUUCCCAAAGAAGGUAAUUUAAUGGCGAGGAGUACAUAUCAGGCAAAAAAAAUAUUGAAAUCAAUGGGUUCAGGGUACACAAAGAUACAUGCAUGUAUCAACAACUGCAUUCUUUAUUGGAAUGAGCACAAGGAUGAAAAAGUGUGUCCUACUUGUAAAGCACCCAGAUGGAAAGUUGACAGGGAUGGUAAAGUUUACGAGAAUGUUCCAGCAAAGGUAUUGUGGUACUUCGACAUCAUCCCAAGAUUUCAGCGGCUGUUUCAAUCGAAGCACACAGCAAAAGAUUUGAUAUGGCACGAUACCACUAGAAACAAAGACGGUGUUUUACGUCAUCCGGCAGACUCACAUGCUUGGAGAGAGAUAGAUAACAAUUUCCCAGAAAUUAAAGGUGAUCCAAGAAAUCUGCGGUUAGCUGUUUCGGCUGAUGGAGUUGAUGUAAACACAGGCACCAAACAUCACAGUGGAAAGAGAACAUGGGAUGCAUAUGCCCAAGAAAUGUUUACUCUACGUGCAGUUGUUUUGUGGAUGAUAAACGAUUAUCCUGCUCUUGGUACACUAUGUGGUUUUCGCUACGCUGGAUAUCAUGGUUGUGUGGUGUGUCGGAAAAAAACGCACAGUAUUAGGAUUCAUGACUCAAACAAGAAUGUUUAUGUUGGUUAUAGAAGAUUUUUACCCUAUGAGCAUCCGUUCAGAAGGAAGAAGGGGGCAUUUGGCGGAAAACAAGAGUGGGAGACUGCUCCAGAACCAAUGACCGGGGAAGAAAUAUAUGAGGAGGUAAAAUGUAUAAAGAAUUCAUGGGGAACGAAGGGGACGAAUACUCAAGGGGGAGACGUGCAGGCUACACCUGGAAAAGGUGGAAAGAUGAAGCGCAUCAGAAAAACGAAAAUUGAGCGCAUCAGAAAAAUAUCGAAAGAAGUCGAUAGGUCAGGUGAGGAAGAAGAAGGCAGGGAAACCACUUAA